AUGUCGGUUCUCCUGGAGACCAGUGCUGGUGAUGUUGUAAUCGACCUUUUAGUCGACCAUGCGCCGAAGCUAUGCGAAAACUUUCUCAAGCUUUGCAAAGUCAAAUACUACAACUUCUCUCCCGUUCACUCCGUUCAGAAGAAUUUCUCCUUCCAGACAGGCGAUCCUCUCGGGCCUCUUUCUAAAGAUUCUGAUGGCGGUUCUUCAAUAUGGGGUCAUAUCUCUGGCGACCCGACAAAACGAACAUUUCCGGCCUUUUUCCACCCGAAGCUAAAACAUCUCGAGCGAGGCACAGUCAGCAUGGCUACAGCCCCCCUUCAGUCCGACCCUGAUACACGUGUGGCUGGCUCCCAGUUUAUCAUCACGCUGGGCGAGGAUACGGACUAUUUGGAUGGAAAAGCAGCAAUCUUCGGAAAGGUCGUCGAAGGUUUCGAGAUAUUGGACAAGAUCAACGAGGCAAUCGUGGACGAGAAGGGUUACCCGCUCAUCGACAUUCGAAUCAAACAUACUGUUAUUCUGGACGAUCCCUACGCCGACCCACCAGGCUUAAGAGAACCGAGCUCAAGCCCACCUCCAACCAGCGAGCAGCUAAAAACUGUCCGUAUCGCAGAUGAGGCAGCGUUGCACGAAGAUGAUAAUGUCGACGAGGCAGAACUAGAAAGGAGGCGUCGUAAUCGCGAGGCCCAGGCGCAAGCUCUCACCCUUGAAAUGAUGGGAGAUUUGCCUUUUGCCGAAGUGAAGCCUCCGGAGAACGUCCUGUUCGUCUGUAAGCUGAAUCCUGUGACAGGAGAUGAAGACCUGGAGCUCAUCUUUGGCCGAUUUGGCAAGAUCUUGAGCUGUGAAGUUAUUAGAGAUCAAAAGACGGGUGACAGUUUGCAAUAUGCAUUCAUCGAAUAUGAUGACAAAGCCUCUUGCGAGGCAGCUUACUUCAAGAUGCAAGGAGUUCUAAUCGAUGAUCGACGUAUUCACGUGGACUUUUCUCAGAGUGUUAGCAAAUUGAGUGAUGGAUGGCGAAAAGAUGCCAAUAACAAACGCAGAGCGACUGCUGGACGUGGUGGUUGGGGAGGUGUUGAUGAGCUUGAAAAGCGUCGUCAGUACCGCGGUGAAGGAGAGAAGGUCACAGGCAACAACUACAGAAUGGUUUAUGGAGACGAGGAGAUGAAGGGCAAGGUUGGACGUAAUGGAUCCAAACAACAAACGACCGACGAGCCUCCUCUAAGAUCACACGAUGAAGGCGGGCCAUCACAGCAACGAAGCAGGAGUCGUAGUCCACGACCAACAAACCGGGGACAGGAUCCGUAUCGCAAACCACGAGAUCAUCGCCGAGGCGGCGAGAGACAAGACGGAGAUCGUCAAGAUGAAGAUAGACGUCGAUAUCGGGACCGGAACCACGAUCGCCGAGACCAAGGUAGAGAAAAGGGUCGAUUUGGGAGGGACGACUAUGACCGUAGGUCAAGGAGAUAA